AAUCCAUCCAUACACAAUAACUGAACAAAAUUCUCUUAAACAAUGGCGGACAUCGAAGAAACCCUAGGAGAAUUAAACAAGGACUCAUUCGUUACUCUUCUGAGAAAGAUCAUCGGAGAAUCCAAACAUCUCCAGAAUAAUCCACCGGAGCUCAUCCCCGAAGAGGACAGGGUGGUGAAGCAUGUGUUGGACACUCUUCUUCCGUACAGCACAACCACCGGAGGAGGUCCGUUGAUCGUGAAUCAUGUCGCUUAUUUUCCCGGUCGAGGCAAUUUAAUUGUGGAGUAUCCUGGGACUGAGGAUGGAAAGAUUUUGUCGUUUGUUGGCAUGCAUAUGGAUGUCGUCACUGCUAACCCUAACGAUUGGGAGUUUGAUCCCUUCUCAUUGAGCAUCGACGGUGAUAAACUCCGUGGCCGUGGAACUACGGAUUGUUUGGGACAUGUAGCGCUUGUGACUGAACUCAUGAAGAGGUUGGCAGAGACAAAACCUAAGCUGAAAUCGACAGUAGUAGCUGUCUUCAUAGCUAGUGAAGAGAAUUCUACUAUAACAGGGGUUGGUGUGGAUGCUCUUGUGAAAGAUGGGUUGCUUAACAAGCUGAAAGGAGGACCUCUGUACUGGAUUGACACUGCAGAUAAACAACCUUGCAUUGGUACCGGUGGCAUGAUACCUUGGAAGAUUCAUGUGACAGGGAAACUUUUUCACAGUGGUUUGGCGCAUAAGGCUAUUAAUGCUUUGGAGCUAGCCAUGGAGGCACUUGCAGAAAUACAAUCACGAUUUUAUAAGGACUUUCCCCCUCACCCAAAAGAGAAAAUCUAUGGAUUUGCAACUCCAUCAACUAUGAAACCGACACAAUGGAGUUAUCCUGGAGGUGGAAUCAACCAAAUUCCUGGGGAGUGUACAAUAGCAGGAGAUGUCAGGUUAACUCCCUUUUACAAUGUAGCAGAUGUGAAAAAUAAGCUACAAGAGUAUGUGGAUGACAUAAACGAGAACUUAGAAAAGUUGGGUACAAGAGGUCCAGUUUCAAAAUAUGCCCUUCCUGAUGAAAACAUGAGGGGAAGUCUUACUGUGACCUUUGAAGAGGUGAUGUCCGGUGUGGCAUGCAAUCUUGAAUCUCGCGGCUUUCAUGUAUUGUGUAAGGCAACUGAAAAAGUCGUUGGACAUGUAGCGCCAUACUCGAUAACUGGGAGUUUGCCACUCAUUCGAGAAUUGCAAGAUGAAGGUUUUGAUGUUCAAACAUCAGGCUACGGUUUAAUGGCUACAUACCAUGCCAAGAAUGAGUACUGCCUGCUUUCCGAUAUGUGCCAAGGUUAUCGAGUUUUUGUCAGCAUCAUCGCGCAGUUAGAAAAUUGAUCAUCAGAUACCUUAUGCCAGGAUGAUCCUGUCUAUUUACCUCCCGACAGUCGGGGGCGCGGUUGCAUGCCGUAGAAAAUGGGGUCCUUGGGCCCUACUUAUUUAAUUUUUAUAUUAUAGAUAUUAAUUUUUUUUUUUUGUGAUUUAGGAGAAUCCAUAAAUUUUUAAUAAAGAAAUAACUGACAAUAAUGGUGAAAAAUAGAUGAGGUAAUAUAAGAAGUGAAUUGCAUAA